CUGGCAGCGGCAGCCGCUUGUGUCUACUCUCUCCCUCCUCUCUGACUCACACACACAGACACACACAGACACACACACACACACAGUCGGUCAGUCAGUACCUGUAGCCGAUGUAGAACCACGUAGCACUAGCUUUGGAUUUUAACCACCAGCCGAAGCGACAAUGGAUCUCUUCGAAUUUGACUUUUUCAGAGACUGGGAGCUGGAGCAGCCAUGUCAUCUGGAGUCGGAUCGCAGCGCCCUGAAGAGGAGGGAGUGGGAGAGGAGGAACCAGGAGGUCCAACAGGAUGAAGACCUGUUCUCAACCGGAUUCAACCUGUUCGGCGAACCUUACAAAACUAAUAAAGGUGACGCGCUGGCCAGUCGCGUCCAGAACACGCUGGGUUCCUACGAGGAAAUGAAGGACCUGUUAACCAGCCACUCUAACCAGAGCCACUUGGUGGGAAUCCCCAAAGGCAGCAACAACCUGCAGACGCCAACCCCGUCUGCGGCGGAGAGGCCUGCCACGGAGUGCCAGCUUUUCAACGAGGACCUGAGAGGAGGAGCAGCAGGAGGACGGGGGCCAGAGGGAGGCGGCGACAAGAGGACGGCAAACCCAUCUUCCUCAUCUUCAACUUCUAUGCAGCCGCCCGCCACGGCCGCGUCGGCGCCCUGCACCACGGGGAUCCCCCAUCAGAACUCUAAAAAGAGCUCCGUGGACUGGUCUAGGGCUGGCCAUGGCCCGGGCGCCCAGGGAGGAAGCGUGGUUCACGGGCAAAUCACGCCGGCCGCAAGUGGAAGAGGGAAAAUGUCUCUGCUGGAGGAGCAGCAAAUGCAACGGCACGACGAGCUGUUCAUUUCACUCAAAGAUGAACUUGGUCUCAAAGGCGACUCAAGUCCUUCUUCCUCCACUUCGUCCUCCUCUUCCUUAUCUUCCUCUGGGAGAAAGCACUCUUCACACCCAUCAAAAAGCCUCCCUCUUCCAGACGGUGGCAAUUUGCGAUCGUCCGCCAUGGACGGGGGCCAUUUUAAGUCUUCCACUAACACGGAAAACUGUGGACAUUUUAAAUCCUCACCGUAUGAAAACGAGGCCGGCUCCCACUUCUCGACAUCCUCUUCCCCGCUGGCUUCCACGUCGGUUCUGACCACGCCCACCCCUGGUCUAACCACUCCCACGUCUGGGCUGACCACCCCCACCUUCCCACCCGGCAGCCUGUCGGGUAAGCCAAUCGCCAUACAGCAGAAGCCGACGGCGUACGUCCGCCCAAUGGAUGGCCAGGACCAGGUGCCGAGUGACUCGCCACAGCUUAAGCCCCCCCUGGCGGCCACGGAGGGAUUCAACAACAGUCAGGCCUACGGAGGGAAUACUGGGAACGCCAAGAACAAACUACCCAAACUGAGUCUGAGCCACACAGGGGAGGUCAGCCUACCAAAUGACUCCAGCUGUGUUGAAGAGAUUUUGCGGGAGAUGACCCAUUCCUGGCCUCCUCCCCUCACAGCGAUACACACACCCGGGAAGGCCGACCAGACCAAGUUCCCCAUCCCGAACAAGGAGUCACAGCAUGGGACUUCAGGCUACAAUACCCAGAAGCGAUGUUCUAUAUCGGGUAACAAGCCUGCUGCGAAACCACCGACCGCACCACAGAAGUCGAUGUUGGAGGAUGACCUGGAGAUCAGCAGCGACGAGGAAGAGGCCGAGCAGCAGGUGUCUGACAAGCCCAAGCCCAGAGUCACAGCCCAAAGUGGAGCAUCGGGGAGCAGCAGUGAAUCCGAGAGCAGCUCCGAGUCGGACACGGACGAAUCAGAGAGCAGCUCCAGUGACAGCGAGUAUAACCGGACCUCCCGCACGCACACCCCAGAGCCUGAGCCCCCCUCGGCCAACAAGUGGCAGCUGGACAGCUGGUUGAAUAAAGUCCAAGCUCAGACCAAACCCUUGCUUCCCCCUCAGCCGGAACAUGGCUCAGGCACCACCACCCAGGGCCCGAGGACCUUCUCUCCGAGGAGUGAAGCAGACGGAGUGGGAGCGGCUGCCAAGACUAAGCCCUGCGUGUCCAGCAGCGCCCCUCCUCCAGCUGCCCAACCGCUGGAACACAAGGACGCAAGAGGAGCUCUCUGCCCGGGCAGAGAGAAGGCCAAGGCCAAGCUCAGCCAGAAGGCCUCCGGGGAGGGGCAGAGGUCAAAGACGAGGAUGUCACCGGGGGUGUUGUCCGGGCCGGAGGUCACGACCCAGAGGAGGAGCACCACGGGGAAGAAGCAGCCCCGACGGACGGAGAGGUCAAACAGCGCGGAGGACUCUCAGAGCCAGACGUGGAGCAGAAGCACCCAGCAGAGUCCUGUGGCUAGGGAGAAGGACCUGUUGCCUCCCCCCUCCCUGGAGCUUCAGACCCCCCCGAGGCCAAGAAACAAACCCCCGGGUGGGAAAACUGCCCCCAGAAAGGAACCUCGCUGUGCCACCAACUCAAACAACAGCUCGGUUACACCACCAGCAGCGCUGCAACAAACCCCGGUGCCACUGCCAGCUGCCAGCGUAAACCAGGACAAGAGGAAACACCGAGGUCCGAGCACCAAAAUCACACCCAAGUCCCGUGAAUUCAUCGAAACGGACUCCUCCUCCUCGUCCUCCGAAUGCCACUCGGAUUCAGAGGAAGCCCUCAAGAUCCCCGCGCUGCCGCCACAGGCCAUCAGCACGCCUCCUCUGCCCCCAUGCCUCGGGCCCGCAGGGAGCCUGGGGACUUUCGGAGGGAAGGGUCUCCGACUCAAAGAGGCCGGUGCCGUGACCACCAACGGUAGCAGCAGCAGCAGCAUCGCCGGCAGUGCUAACGGCGGCAGCUGUAACACCCUGAGCAUUGGCACCAUAACCGGUUCAUUCGGCACCUCUGUGCCCGAUCCCGGAGGGUCGGGAGGUCAGCGCAAAGACCCGGCGUCUGUGUCGCCGCCCCUCAAAGUCGGACACGAGGUGCCCCGGUCACCCUUGAAGGAAUACCAAGAGCUCCAGGGUUUGUGGGUGAAAAUCGAGCUGGGUUUGCUGAGCAGGGUGCCCGGCCCGGGUACGGGGGAAGGAUCCAGAGCAGGUCUGGCAGAAAAGGACAGGGGCGAGGGGAGGGACAGGGAAAGACAGGGGGAGAGGACAGCGGCGGCCGAGAGGGAGAGACAGAAGCAGGCCGAGAGAGAGUGGCCCGGGCUGAGAGAGAGGCCGAAGCCGAAAGAGGGAGAGGACACCGAGCGACUGGUGCAGGACAGGGAGAGGCAGGCGGACAGGGACAGAUUACCGGAGAGGGAGAAGCCGACGGACAGGGGAGGACAGGGACCAACUGGGACCCGGGGAGAGGGAGCGGACGACGGGGAGGGACAGGGAGAGGUUCUGGACAACCCCCUUGUGCAAGAGCAGAGCAAUCCCCGGCUGGCAGGGAGGACGGAGAGCAAACACCGGAAGCAGGCCGCCGGAAACACGGCGCCCCCAUCGGAGAAACACGCCAACAAGAGCAAGAGGAAACACAAGUCAGACCACAGCGAGUUGUCAGUCAACGGCAAUAAGAAGCUGCGAUUGGACAAAGACUGCCAGCUGCUCCCGCCCUCCAUCUCUCCCGUACUCAACCACAAGAACAGCCUGACAGACUCGCUAAUCAGGAAGCCGUCUCGGCGACGUGAAGACCAGCUGCUGCCGCCCCUCCUGUCGCCGCUCUCCGACGAUCCACCUCGUAAACGAACCUACGACGCCAGCUCCUCUCUCGGCCUGGAGGGCGUCACCUCGCUGACCUCGCUCUGCUCCGCCUCUUCCUCCACUUCCACCUCCUCGUCCUCUUCCUCACACAGACACAGGAGAGGUGAAGGCAAGGCGUCAUCGCACUCGAGGGCCGCCAGUGAAGUCAACACCCACGUUGAGAAGCCCAGCGGAGACGGUUACCAUGCCAACGGACAGGCGGACUCCGAGGUGUGGUCGGAACCGCUGAUGGACCCUGGGGAACCUCGCAGGCCACGACUGACAUUUAGCAACACAGUCCACUGUGCUGACUACUACAUGCAGGAGGCCAAGAGACUGAAGCACAAGGCCGAUGCUUUGAUGGAUAAAUUUGGUAAAGCGGUGAACUACGCAGACGGCGCCCUCUCCUUCAUAGAGUGCGGGAAUGCUAUGGAGCGAGAUCCACUGGAGGCCAAGUCCCCGUACACCAUGUACUCUGAGACUGUGGAGCUCAUCAGGUACGCCAUGAGGUUGAAGAACUUCACCAGCCAUUCAGCCACCGUCGCUGAGAAGAAGCUAGCUGUGCUAUGUAACCGCUGUCUGUCUCUGCUGUAUCUGAGGAUGUUCCAUUUGAAGAAAGACCAUGCUGUCAAGUACUCCCGAUCGCUCAUGGAGUACUUCAAGAAUUCAGCCAAGAGUUCCCACCAAGAACCUUCUCCCUGGAGGAUCAAUGGGAAGGUUAACGGGACCCCGUCGCCCCUCUCGCUCAGCCCCUCCCCGGCCGGCAGCGGAGGGUCUGGAGGAGCCCCGGGCUCGUCAGGAAGCGUGGCCAUUCCUCAGCGGAUUCACCACAUGGCUGCCAGUCACGUCAACAUCACCAACAACAUCCUGCGGAGCUACGAGCACUGGGAGACGGCCGACAGGCUGGCCCCCGACAGCCAAGAGUUCUUCCUGGAGCUGGACUCGGUGAUGGAGCCUCUGGGUCAGCAGAGCAGCAUGACGGAGCUGGUGAGAUACAUCAGGCAGGGACUGCACUGGCUCCGCUUAGAGGCCCACCUGCUGUAGAGACUGGACCCCAGCCAAUAUGCACAACAGAAACAGAAAUAGAGAGAAAGACAUUUGCCUGGGAGCUAGAACUGGGAUAACAAGUGAGAUGAGACUGAUAACAAUGCCUCGGUUCCCACUGGGAUCCUUCAAACGACCCGACACCACCCGCUGUAACGUAACGGCGUAGACUGGAUGGAUAAAUUAGAAAUACACCUACAAUUAGGUCUUAGGGAUGUCCACUGUGAAUUACAGAACACCACGUAGCACAUCAAACAUUUGGCUGACGCUGCUUUCCGGUGCAACUUGACGUCGGUGCAGGUAGCUUCAAUCCCUCGAGGGACAAUAGCUGUUAUAAAACUCCCUCUGCCCUGAAUAGAAAUAAGAAAAAGUAUUUUUACAAAGACGGGAUCAUUUUCAAAAAGGAAUGUGAGCGGCUGACGUGAUUAAGGAGCCUGAAGGUAGGAGCUCAACGGAGGCUCAUCUGCUGCAGCGGCGGCCUCCAAAUGUGUCUGUGAUUGGGACGAGAGCGAAGGCCUCAGGCUGCUAUCGAUCCAAGUGGAGUCCAAUCCAUUAGAUGAGCAGCACGCCAGCAGAGGAAAGAGGCUCCACUUGGACCAGGAGAGCUGGAUUGAUGGAGGCUGAAGUUAGUCUUCUGCUUCACCUACCUGUGGGUCUGUCCCUCCGGUAAUUAAACAACAGUAAUCCGUCACGAGGCAAAGUUAGACAUUGGAACUAGUCAAAUUUUAGAUUUUUAAAUUUUUACUCCGAUGUAGCCAGUUAAUACUAUGCCAAGUUUUAAUGACAAAAAAUGUAUGAUUAAUAUAAAUAUAAUUACUCAAACAGUUCUUAGUCUACAUAAAUGUUUUCAAACUGUGUCAUAGAUUUUGAAUUAAAUUAUUAGUUCCCUCAUUAAAGAACGUAAUAAUGAAUUUGACAUUUAAUGUCAGCUUUUCAUACUUGGCAGAUUCUGAGGAUUUAUGGCAAACAUUUUUACACGUUCAAAUGAAUCUGAGCAUUAGUGGUUGUCUCACUUUGUCCUGCUGCCAUCGAGCAGCUCACAUGUGAUCUGGAUCUGUCGAAACACUUAAGAUGCACAGACUCUGUAACGGCAACAUUAAGCUAGCGCGGCCGAGUAUUACAACACCUGGUUUACAAGUUUACAGCUCAGCGGAACAAGUCGGUCCUACAAAUGGAGCCUGGCUCCAUCAGAAAAGGCAUUUGUCGGCUUCUUCUCUCACUGGUUACGGGCUUUUUGUGAAACUCCUCACAGUUCUAUUUCCCACAGUAAUCCACCCACUGAGGUGUCAAACCGCUACAAGGGGAAGAAACUACAAGACUCGCUGCGAUUUGGCGCCUGAUUAAGCCCCCACCCACAGGCAGAUGGGGUAAACAGGGUGAAGAUCUCACAUGCGCUUUUCCGCCCUGAUGUCAGAAGAAGUCUGUACGACUUCGUACAUCUCUUAAUGAGGUCAGAUCACCUGCCGGGUAUCUUGUAGACGCUUCCCAAACAUGUGUCGUGUCGUGUCGUUAGUAUGCAUUCGUGUUAUGCUGAUUGUCAAGUCUAGAAAUCAUUGCCUGACCGAACAAUACAGAUGUUUGUGUACCAUAUUGUACAUACUGUGACUCCUGGAAACAGUGUUUUGUGAAUGAUUUAAUGUUAAUGAAUGAGGAAGCGAAAUAAGAAUAUAUAUAUAUGUAUAUAUAUGUAUGUAUAUAUAUAUAUAUAUAUAUAUAUAUAUAGAUGUAUAUAUAUAUAUGUAUGUGUGUGUGUGUGUGUGUGUGUGUGUGUGUGUGUGUGUGUGUGUCUAAGAGAGACUGAUGCAGUCUAUGACUGUGUGUCCAUACACAGGCCAUGGCUGCAUUUACACAGUGCCAAACAUAAUCAUAUUUUUAACCCUUUGUGGCACUUUAAAAAACAAAAAGGAGUCGCUGCUUGUCUUCUCCUAUUUUCACCAGUGCCAUGAAGUUUUAAAAUCUGGAUUUGUGUCUAUGGUCUCUAUGAAUCCAGCACAUCAAGCAUGAGUUUGUUUUAAGUUUUGGAUCCUUCGACCAUCGCGGAAUGUGUAUGGAAGACAAUGUGGAUGUGAAAAGUACUUUUCACUUUGACAAAAAAAACUGAAACUCAAGUGCCUCUUUUUGUGUCUGUGGGAAUUGCUCUAUUUAUUUAAGAACAAAGAAUUAAUCUAAAUGAUUUUUCCAUACCAUAUUGGUAUAAAUAUGAGAUUGUUUUUCGUAAAAUCAAAAUGUUUCCACGUGCUUUUUACUGGCGUUAAUGAUAUGACACCAGGGUUUGGCUUUAAGAAUAAUGUGUUAUUUAACGUGUAAAAUUUGCAUUUGUUGCUGAGGGUUUUAUUUCUGGAUGAUUUGAACCAGUAUGGGUUUGUCUAAAAUGCCUGAAAAAUUUAAACCAUCGCAUGCAAUAAAUGAUAGCUUCAGACCCAGAACUAAUCACUUUGAAAAAGGAAAAAAAAUGUAUAUCAAUGUAUUUCUUGUCUCAUAGUUAUUUACAGUGUGAAUGUUCAACAUCACCUGAAAAUGCAGAGCUGCUUUAAAAACGAACAUCAAGGACAACAAGUCGGUCAACGGGAAACGUUUGACAUUUUAAGGGAGUACUCUUCUUGCAAAGUUGAAGGUUUAUUCUACUCUCGCGUCUGUUCGCUAAAUAUGAGGCUAAUGCCGGCUGGUUUGCUUAUCUUAGUUUAGCUUAGCUUAAUUUAGCUUGACGAUAGCACCCACGAGUGCAACACAGGGAAAGAACGAACACUGACCUGAGCACCCGGUUUGUGUUGGCUGGAGAUGUAGAUAUAGGCAAGGACGGCCAGUAGCCAGUCUACAUCACCAAAGUUGUCUUUUAAUACCCUCUCAACUAUCUUUCCCUUGAAAUCUUUGAAAUAAGAUGGUUCGAUGAUGAAUUAGCAGUCUUUGCAAUAAGCUAAGCUAGCUGUCUGCUGACUUUGGCUUCAUAUUUAGCUCAGCACCGUCAUCCCAGAAAUGUAAAACUACUCCUUGUUCUAAAUCUGAAAGCUGAAAGUGUUUAGUGAUGAGAAUUUUUGGGUAACAGUAUAAACUGUUUUCGUCCAACCCCAAAAAGGCCUUUUCCACUUUAUUUUGCAUUAUUUUAGGUCAUGAAACCAAAUUAGCAGCGUUCCAAUGAGCCUAUGAACUUCAACAGCGUCCAACAGCUAACAAAGCCCCCCAGGCCGUUUGUGUUGGACCUCAGUAGUUCCAAGUCAAUAGAUGAUCCACAGUGUUAAUCAGUCCAAUUCAAUGAUGUUUGAUGUUGUUUUGUUUAAUGGUGAAAACAGUGAUGUUACUGUACGGUUAUUGUUCAUUUCGCAAAAUGGUCUUUCUGUUCGAUAACAUGCAGCGGUACAAUAUACUUAUUCAAUAAUAUGCUAUAAAAUGUCAUGAACAUUGCAUUGGUGACAACAUGGGAAUCCCAGUGUUCAUCCCAAUACGCUACACGUCACAAGGUGGCUGUGGUCAAUACAGCAACAACAGUUCUGUUGACUAUAUGCAAAGUCGCUAUGUCGGUAUAUUCGGAGACAUUUUGGGGACACACGGCCUCAGCAUGGACUUUUAUUCUGCUGACAUCUUAUUAAAUAUCUCAUUAGCACAUGUAACAUUAUCACAGUUGUCAUCUUGUUUAUCAAAAGCAGCAGUGACGGAAACAUCGCUGUUGGUGUGAUUACAAUAGGGGGCUAAACAGACUCAUUUCUUUUUUGACACCAGAUGGUUACAAGCCGAUAAUACGCUGAUAAUCUCUCCAGUGGUGAUGAGUGUCUCUAAUAUUUGUUUGCGUUUCAGAAAAUCAGAGAUACCCUCUGAUUGCUUAGGGAAUUGCCAAAACCGCCUCAUACAGUAAAUAAGUAUUUAUAAGGAUGAUUAUCUUCUGAAAUUCCUGUAAUCUACCAGAGAGCAGCUUUUUUCUUACUCUUUCUUGUUCUUUUCAUUUGUCCACAGUUGUUUGGUCACAAAACUGUCAACUGAGAUUAUUCUUUAUUUAUCCAAACAAAUAUUUAUACAAUAUAAUAUUUGUUAGGGAUGGAGACAUUGAAAAAAGGUCCGUUUUUUUAUUCAUGCUUUAGUAAUAAACAUCAUUGGUCUCUUGAAGGCUUAGUCGGAGUUAGAUGAACUAAUGUGGACAAAUAUCUUUUAUAGAACACACCACCGAGGCGAAUUGGUUCUACAACAUGAUUACUGUACCUGUAUUCAUUUAUUAAGCAGUUCAAUACAUAUACAGACAAGAUAAUAGAUUCAGCACUAAAUAUGUAUCAACCAAGACACUGCAGGCGUUUAAACUAGCUUAGCAUAAAUACUGGAAUCGGGAAAACAGUUAUCUUGACUCUCAAAUAAAAAAGAAAAAUAGCCCCUCUAAUGGUCACAAUAUCAACACCCUGUUUCUCGUCUAGUUGAUCCAUAGAGCAAACAAAACUCCUAAUAACUAGUUCCAGAAACGUUAUUGUUGCCGGUACUUGCUUGGCUGGUUUCACCGUCCCAUGUGCAGUUUCCUUGUUUCCUUCUUGAGUCACAACAGUGUUAAAUGAUGCAGGGAUUGAAAAUGGCCCAGAUGAAAACAACCCAAACACAGAAAGUUCAACCAACAAAACAUCAAGUCUGAGCACUUCAGUGUUUUCAUUCAUUAUGAUCCCUGCGGUGGAAAACUGUCAGCUGAACUCCACGUUUCAUCCAGAAUAAUCUCUAAAUGUGCAAAAUGUAGCUGAAACAAAUCACUUCUCCACCACCAGUUGUUGUUGGGUCCUGAUUUUUACGGAACAAAUACAGCCUUAGUCAUAAACGUCUAUUUAUUAAGUCCACCAGAAGACGGUAUUCUUGGUGAUGACCCGCUUUACUUAUUUCGAGUAUACAAUAUGAUUAAAAUUCAUGUGGCAUUUAUUGAUGUUAAAAUGCUACAUGGCAAGUGUUGGGCAUCCCAAUAUGGUUAAAUCAGCGUAUUUUAAGUGGGGGGCAUUGGUGUUUUUUUGAGACGGGCAGCGACGUGGUGCCUCCGACAGCCUGGAAAUUCUGUGGUUCUGAUGUACAAGCUACAAACUAAACACAACGCUGAAAAGAUUUUACAAAAUUACACAAGAACACAAGAACACAACUGUCCAACAUGGAUUGCAUUGUAUUUUUAAAUGUGUUGCACAACUUUGGCUAUUUUUCGGUUUCUAUCAGUGCUAUCUUUUGGCCUUUUAUAUGGUUCUUUUUUUUUUAUAAAAAAAAAGUUGUUCUAUGUGAUGAUCAGAAGUUGUGAUGCAGUUCCAUUGUUUUUAAAUAUUUAAUGUCUCUAAAAUAUGGAUUAAAAUCUGUUGAACCAGUG